AAACGAAGAAAAAAAAAUCGUGAGACUGAUUCGUUAGGAUCCAGCAGACUAGAGGGUGUUACCGCUCGAUAUAAUAUCGAGUUUGAAAACCGGAUCAGAAAUUUGGCGCCUUCUAGUUUUCGACCUGCACUUGUGACAUUCUUCAAGAUUUCCCCUUUAAAGCAGCAUCAGAGGGAGAGAGAGACAGAGAGAGAGAGGGAGAGAGAGAGAGAGACAGUGGGGUGUUUUUUUUUCCUCUUCAAUUCACUCCGGCUGGAGCUCGCUCUCUGCGGAUGCGUGCACUGCUCCUGAAGGCUCUCCGCUUCAGUCUUUUGUGCUUCUGAGCUCUCGUGGGAAUCUUUAAAUGCUCGAGCUGGGAUCUGCGAAGUUCGCCGCCGGUCUCUGAUGAAGCUUUGCUCUCGCUUUUGAAUGAGGACAAGUUCCACUGGGCCGUGCACGGUGCAGCACGGGCUCGGGAGAAUGAACCGAUAAUAACCGGACUUUUGGUGACCGAUCGAUCUUAUCUGCACUGGCGGCCGAGGUCAUGAUGUAUUCGCCGAUUUGUCUAACGCAGGACGAGUUCCAUCCAUUUAUCGAGGCACUCCUUCCUCAUGUGCGCUCCAUCGCCUACACUUGGUUCAACCUGCAGGCCCGCAAGCGCAAGUACUUCAAGAAGCACGAGAAACGCAUGUCCAAGGACGAGGAACGCGCCGUAAAAGACGAGCUGCUGAGCGAGAAACCCGAGAUCAAGCAGAAGUGGGCAUCACGCCUGCUGGCCAAGCUGCGCAAGGACAUCCGGCAGGAGUACCGUGAGGACUUUGUGCUCAGCGUGACAGGCAAGAAGCACCCGUGCUGCGUGCUUUCCAACCCUGACCAGAAGGGCAAAAUCCGACGCAUCGACUGUCUCCGCCAGGCGGAUAAAGUGUGGCGCCUGGACCUUGUGAUGGUGAUCCUGUUCAAAGGCAUCCCGCUGGAGAGCACGGACGGAGAGCGCUUAGUCAAAUCGCCCCACUGCACCAAUCAGGCACUCUGUGUCCAGCCACACCACAUCACCGUGUCAGUGAAGGAGCUUGACCUCUUCCUGGCCUACUAUGUCCAGGAUCAAGACUCACAGCAGUCAGGAAGUCCCAGUAACAAUGAGCCUGGCAAGAACCCUCCAGUUUACUUGGAAGACAGUUUCGUCAAAUCAGGAGUGUUCAGCGUUUCAGAGCUGGUCAGAGUAUCCAGAACUCCUAUCACGCAGGGGGUAGGAGUGAACUUCACCAUGGCAGACAUGCCCAGCCAGCCAUAUUACCAUGACCUGAACUCAGUGAGCUUACACCGCUCACUCUCUUCCCCUCCUGGCAGUAAACGACCUAAGACUGUUCCAGAGGACAGCAUGGAGACGAGUCCCACAGGCCCAGACUUCUACUCUUCCCCAAGCUCACCAGUUAGCCGACCAUGGCAUGAGAGAGACCAAGCUGAGAUAUCCUCUCCCACGAUGAAGAAGGCAGAGAAACCGCUGUUUAGCCCCACCUCUCCUCAAGACUCCUCCCCUCGCCUGACUACAUUUCCCCAGCAUCAUCACCCAAGCCUGACCAGCGUGGGUCACAGUGUGAUCUCCACGAGGAGUCCUCCCCCUCACUCUCCACUGCAGUUUUCAGCUCCUGCCAUCCUUCCUCCUGCUCCGUCACCCUACUUCUCCCAUCCCACCAUCCGUUACCCUCCUCACCUCAACCCAGCCGACUCGCUCAAGAACUACGUUCAGCCUUACGAUCCGUCCAGCCCUCAGAGCAGCCAGCCGAACAGCAGUGGUCAGGUGGUGGGGAAGGUUCCAGGCCACUUCACCCCAGUGCUGACACCAUCUCCCCACCAUGGAGCAGUCAGACCCGUCUCUCUCUCCAUGCCUGACACCAAGCCAAUCACCACAUCCUCCGAGGGUUAUUCAGCCCCUGGCACCCCUACCGCUAACCGUUUUGUAGGACUGAGCCCUAGAGACCCAGCCUUCCUCCACCAGCAACAGCUGAGGAUUUGUGACUGGCCCGUGAAUCAAAACAUCAGGUCUUAUGGCUCAGAGGAGGCUUUGGGGAUUUCUUGGCAAAGGUCUAUAGAAACAGACAAGAGGAGAGAUUGUAAUGAGCAGGACCUACCAUACAGGUCCUGGUACCUGGGCGAGCUUAAUUCCAUUCCAAGUGUCGAACGGGACUCAGAUUCUGCCAACAAAUGUCCAGAAUUACAGCAUAAACAUCAUUGGUGAGCCCCUUCUUCAGGCGGAGACAAGCAACUGAGAGAUGUAAGCGGGGGGCCAAGCCUUGACUCUGGAGUGACAGGUCCGUGGACAAACCAGCAAGCAGCACUUACACAAUCUCCACUGACUUUUGUCCCUCCCACUGAAGGACUUUGCCCUAGAACAGGAGAGUGGGUUUGGGUCAAAGCUGGCACGAGCCUCUCCAUGCCAGUCAGUCAUUGUGUGAGAAGGCCCCUCAACUGACAUACUGUGAUAUUCACCAUACAAAAAAAUUUUUAGAUGCCUUAAUGUUUUGCAUGACACGCUAGUCUCUCGUAGUGUUUGGUUUUUUUUUCUUCUCAUUCUUAUGUCACAAUUUUAGGCUUGGUUUUUGAGCAGGUGUAGAAGGAGAGGCACACAAGGGCUGGCUGGCUGGACUUUUAAAUUGUUCUCUUUUUUUUUGUUUGUUUGUUUGUUUGUUUUUGUUUUCGAAAGCAGGCUCCAAUUCUGACCUAUAAAAGAAGGCUCAACCCACAUCAUUACAUGUCCAUAGGAACAAAAUUCAGCAAUUUAGACUUUUGGUUUGUAUGUUUGCCUUCUAAAUUUCAUUUAUUUUCCAUGAUGUAAAGGCACCUUUUGGUAUCUGUAAUCUUGUCAAUCUUGGAUUUGUAUUUCCUUUAGAGCUAAAGGUUAAUAUCUACUCUUAAGAGUUAAGAACUCGUGAAAAAAAAAGACCUGUAUUACUAGGUUAGAAAACAACCCCAGUGAAUUUUGUUGAUGUAUCCUUUACAAAGGAUUUUCAAAAAAUGGAGAAAAAAAAGAAAAUAUGUCAUAUGAGGCAAGUGCAAUUCAAAUGGGUUUUUUAACUGAAGGGAAGCUAUCAUAGUCUAUCUGCCCUAGGACUCUAAAGGAAGGGAGAGUAACUGUUUUAAGUUCACUUUGAAAUGAGAAAAAAAUAAUUAAUUGCAUCCUCAAAUAUGAACAUGGUGGAAAGUCGAGUGGUAAGAAGUGUGAUUGACAGUAAACGUUUACCUGCGCAGAACUGAACACGAACAAAACAGCACUUAUCUUGAGCCGUACCCAAGCACUCGGGUAGUUUUUGUUUUGUUAUUUUUUUUUCCUUUAAUUUAUUAUGUAAACAGAAACUUAAAAAGGUGAAAAGACACAAACACACAGCGUGUAUAAAAUGGCUUUUUUUUAUUUUUUUUUUUAUUUUUAAUGUAAUCCCUACCUAUCUAGUGUGCAUUUUCAUUUGGGCCAUUAGCUUGUAAAGCUACUGUUUACAUUGUGAUAUUACAAGAAACACGAUAAACGCAGGCUGGUGAAGUAAUUUAAGAGAAAAUGUGUGUGUGUUUGCGUGUGUGUGUGUGUGUGUGUGUUUGUUAUGUGUUAAAUCUGCACUCAGUUAAACACUAACCUGCAGGGUGAGGCUAGGUCUCAUGGUGCUUCUUUUAUGCCCAGUUUGGUGAAUCUCGAGAGUCGUAGUCCCGUUAAUCUCCAAUUGUUCACGGCAGUCCCAAUGCCAUCGCCUCUCCAAUCAGAUAUAUUUAUAUAACUAAUCUUUCCAAUAAUCUUAAUUUGCACGAAUAUAUAUAGUCCACAUUACGUGCCUUGCCUUUGAAUAUAGAAAACAUCACUACACUUGUUUUUGCUGCAUUUAUUACCGUUUUAGAAAAAAAAAAAAUUAACAUUUUUAUGAUAAGAAAUAUUUUGUACUCUGGAUGAAAUUGUGUCAUUGUUGAUUUUUAGCUUCAUUUACUACUUUAUCUCACAUUUACAGUGCAUAUCAAGGCUGUGUAUAGUUGCUGUUCUAAAGUUUAUAAUCAAACAGCAUUAUUUUUCAGUAUUUUGGUGGGGUUUUUUUUGUUUGUUUGUUUUUUUUUCAUCUUCCAGUCAUUAUUGGGGAGGGAGGGUCCAGAAUUAUAAGAAUUAUGCAAUACCAAGUUUUGCCUAUGUAGGUAGUGCUUUUAGCUAUGUCGAUUAGAAGCUAGUACGGAGAUACAAAUAGUCUAAACAUUUAUUUUGUUGAUGUUGUCAUUGUUAAUGUUGUUGUUGAUGUUUUGUGAUUUUGCUUUUUUUUUAUUUUUUAUUUUAUUAUUUUUUUUAAUUGACCAAAGUGGGAACUGCUUUCUAUGCAGUGUGUGAUAAGGUCUUUUUUAUUUUUUAUUUUUUUAUUUUAUUUAUUUUUUUUUUUUAUUGAGUGUACGGAAAGAUGGAGAGGCGCAUGCAAGGAUAGUUUUGUUUCGUUUUCUCUGUGAGGGGGAAUAUUUUUUUGUAGCAUGCAUCGUUUGGUCUAACAUGGCUGCAAAGUCACUGGUUUGCCUACUGUGACUAACUGACUUCUUUAUUUCUUAACUUCAGCACUGGGGUGCUUGCAUAACUCCAGGAAAUGGCUCAUCAUCAGAGGAGAGAAGGCUUGACUUGAGACUGACAAUCAGCAUGGAAAUUUCUAGAAUUGGAGUUAAAAGGAAGACAUUUGUGUGUAAAAAAAAAAAUGACAGUACACGAUCUGAUUCAUCUGUAGUUCAGUCAGAUGUUUCCAGCACUCUGCAUAUUGCCUGUGAACUCCCUCAGUCCACACGCAGCAUCUUUUAAAACCCAUCGAUAUGUCGGUACUGUAUCUCGGUAGCUGUGAAGAUGAAUCUUCAGCAUUGGUUCAGCAUAUUAUCAUUAGCAAUAUGCAAGUACAAAAGAUGCCUUAAAUUUUUAUGGAAAAAAAAAAUAAGUGACUUGUUAUGAAAUGCAUUACAAUCACCACGCUGUACACGCGUGUUAAAACUUCUUACAAUCAGAAAAAGAAUCUGGAAAUGGUAUCCGUUUAUCCUUCCUUAUCUUGGAGAUGUUUCCAGGUUUAGCCUUACAAGGAUUUCAGUCAGGUUCGGGGACACAGUAUGAACUCCGUUUUUCUUUUCUACUCGUGAUGAAGGAAGGAUUUCAGAGGAAGGGCCUUACGCAGUCUCUGUUAGGUCUGGAGGACCGCUGCGAUUUAAACGCUGAGCACUUAUACAGCAUCUAGGCAAUCAUCCACCUCCAGUGCCCUUUCGAAUAGAACAAUUACACGAACUGUACGACAGUAACUCAGGCAUAAUGCGUCACGGAGCGUUCUCUCCAUAUCACUCACAGGAUUUAGUCUUUGUAUUGUACAAAGGAUUCAGGAUUUCUUUCAACAUUUCUGCUCUUUGUACUAUUUAAGGGUUCUUCUACAGCAGACCUGAAAUCAUUCUAGAUUUCUGUCUAAACUUAGACAAAAAAAAAUGUUUGGAUAGAAAAACUCAAGUCAAGCUCAGUCUUUCCUUCUUCAUAAACAUGUUUGUUUUUACUGUGCAGUACAAAACAAAAUAGCAGAAUGAAGCCACCCCAGUUUUAUGUGCACUGCUGUCCCUGUUUUGUUUAUGUUUUCUUCUUGUUAUUGGAUUUGAGAAAGUUGAAAGUCAAAGUGCUUUGCAGCCAUUUUAGCCAUUAGCUGUGCCACAGAAGUGCAUUUCUCCCAGACCGAUGGCAGCGUCAGGGUCAGAGGACCGGUGUGGUGUUGGUAGGCGGGUUAAAACAGUGAAGAUGGCUGUAGGUAUGGGUCACUGUGUUGGCUAUGCUGACAGGAUUAGUCUCUGGUACUGCUUAGGAGAUGGAAUCUGCUCUGGCGGCUCUGUAGAAACAUGUUUGUUUGUCAGCUCGAGCGUGUGGCAGAGUGUGUGGGACGCUGACGUGACAAGAGACAAGUGAAUGAGCGUCUUUUCUGUUCAAUAGCCUGCCUUCUGGACAAAAGUUUGUACACUGUACUUUUUUUUCUUCAGGAAAGAGCUUUUUUUUUUUUAAUUAAACCUUAAAUGAUUUGCUGCCCCGUCAUUUGAAAUUGUAAAAAAAUAAUAAUAAUUAGCCACAUCAACAACAACAACAACAAAAUUAUUUCGAAUCUGAAAAGACAUAUACAGUUAUUGUAAAUGUAAAGUAAAAUGUUUUUUUUUGUUUGUUUGUUUUCCUUUGGUUAGUGUGAGACCUAGAGUUUGUGAUGUGAAUAUGUGUCAUAAAAAAACAAAAUAGGAAAAGAAAGGAUGGUUCAUUUCAUGUUGCGAUGGCUAACAUUUUAUUCUCUGAGAAUCAUUUUUAAAGGCACCUGAUUUGAGUUGGUCAUCAGUGAGUCCUAGCACUAGUCAUAGCAAUAGUCUCACUGUGCAUAUCAUCCAUAAUGGUUACAUUUUGCUCUGCUAGCUGGAUGGAUUGUGUUGGACUCGAGUGUGUGCCAGAGUGUGUGUCUGGGCUGACUCGGACUCCACACGGUAAGGAAAAAUGAGGGUCUUUCUAUUCAAAUGCCUGCCUUGUAGACAAAAGUUUGUACACUGUAUUUUUUUUCUUUACCCUUAUUUGUAAAAAGCUAAAUUUAUAAACUUAAGGAAUUUGCUUAACAUGAAAUUUUAUUGUAAAAAAACAAACAAAACAAAACAAAUAAGCUAGUCUACAAGAAAACUGCUUGGAAUCUGGACUCUAGCUGCCCAUAGAAAUCAGAACGAGUUUUCUCUGAAUUUGUUAUAUUUCGUCAAGUCCUAUGUUGGCGUGUAAAUGAUAAAAAGUAAAUGAUGAAGGUCAUUUCUUUGUGCUUCAUGUAGAUUAACCUGACGUGUUGUUUCUGUUCGCGUGGACCUCGACUGUGUGACUUAUUGAUUAUGCGAUAGCAGAAAUGGAAAUGAAAAAAAAAACGAAACGUUUUUGCUGAUUCGGGCCAAACGGGGAAAUCGUCAUCCCUUUAAAAAAAGGCACCUGAUGCAAGUCUGUUGUCAGCGAUUACCAGGGUAAUGUUGUUAGUGACAUGUUAUUCUGCUGUCUUUACCCACAAUGCAGUGAGUCCUUUGGUUUCUGAUGCGUACCGAGCUGAAGCAUGUUCAUUUCACAGUAUUUGCGUGUUCACUGUGGGCUGUGAUUGUCAUGUUAAGUAAGCAACGUUGAUCACCUUCCUCUUGUAGUUAGGAUUAAAGGUCAGUACUAGGAACUCCCAGGAGCCUUUGCGCAGCCCCACAGAUAUCCUUUUAUGUCGUUAGCACAGAGGAGAGUUUGGCAAACAGCUGAGCAUUUGCACUUUCCGCAGUUCCCACUAUCCCUCUCACUGGCGCCUUGUUUCGGUGUACGGUUCGCGCGUAUGAUCAGAUUUUUCGAGCCUGAACACUUCCAUCCGAUUUCGCCGAUCGUGAUCACAGUGUCGCUCACCACAGCACACAGCGUUAUGAGGCUUAUGAGAGGAGUUCUGGUCAAUUUCUACCUUUUUGUGUCUCAGUAGUUUAGAUUUGUUUCUCAUUCCUUUUCAAAGGGCUGAUUAUUAUUCGAUAUUUUUCUGUUUUUUGUUUUGUUUUGUUUUCUUUUGUUUUCAAAUCAGUUUGUUGUCAAGAAGUCAGAUUUUCAUAGCAUUACAUGUAUUACAUUAUAUGAGACGAUGGCCUGGUUAAAGUUAUGUAUUACAUGUAGAGUUAGAUAUGAAAGCCAUGCUCAUGGACACUGAGAAGACCACAAGUAUUUUCCUUAUGCAAGGAGGCGCUCGUGGCUCUCACGCAAUAUCUUUAUUUAGUUCACCUGAAUAUGGAUUUAACACAGAGAAAGGCAGGAGUACCUUUCAGUCCAUUACUUCAGUUCUGUUUUCCAAGGGCAUUUCCAAUGGCAUGAAUGAACAUCAGGUAGACAUAAACAGGAACAUAUUAAAAAAAAAAACCAGCAUAUUUUGAGAUGUUUACCAAAAAAAAAAGACAAAAAAAAAGACAAAAAAAUAUAUACAGUAUAUAUAUGUUAAGCAGUGCCUGUUCCAGCUCACAGUCUCAGUGGACUUCACAUUGUACAUAAAAACGAAAAAAAAACAACACUGAUUGAAAUUUCUUUGGGAAAAAAAUAGAAAUGUAGGGGGAAAAAAACAGUCAAAACAGAAUGUGUGGGUUGCUUCUUCCUGUAUUUUUAUCUUAUUACGGUCCCCCCCCCCCUCCCCAGAUUUUAUGUGACGUGUCCUUUUUAAGUGUUUUUGUGCUCUGUUCAUUUUUGAAUAUUUUAGUCCUAUUGAAUGGAGUGCCCUGGUCUCGCGAUAUUUCUUUGAUGAGAUUAAAUAGAUAGUUGGGCAGUGUGUUUCUUUAGAUUGUCAAUGCUACACUUAGAACUACAGUAGAUGAAAAUAAUGUCAGUUUAAAAAAAAACAAAAACAAAAAAAACAACAAAAAAAAACAAAAA